AUGUCUCAGGCGGCAGGCAUGAUAGAGCAUUUGCCUCUAAUCGGCCAGCCACUGAAGGUCUGGCUCCUGAGAGGGACAGAACUGGAGUUACACUCCGGUAACUAUCGUUCAUCCCGUGCAGGACUCCAGUUCCCCGUGGGCCGUGUGCACAGGCUGCUGCGCAAAGGCAACUACGCCGAGCGUGUGGGCGCUGGCGCACCAGUGUACCUGGCCGCAGUGCUCGAGUACCUGACUGCUGAGAUCCUGGAGUUGGCCGGCAACGCUGCCCGUGACAACAAGAAGACUCGUAUCAUCCCCCGUCACCUGCAGCUGGCCGUCCGUAACGACGAGGAGCUGAACAAACUGCUUGGCGGCGUUACCAUCGCUCAGGGUGGUGUGCUGCCCAACAUCCAGGCAGUGCUGCUCCCCAAGAAGACUGAGAAGGCCGUCAAAGCCAAGUAA